CCCUGGGGCGAGACUACCUGGAUCUACCACGACGGCGAGGACACCAAGAUGAUCGUGGGUGAGGAGAAGAAGUUCCUGCUGCCCUUCUGGCUGCAGGUCAUCUUCAUCUCACUCCUCCUCUGCCUCUCGGGCAUGUUCAGCGGCCUCAACCUGGGCCUCAUGGCCCUGGACCCCAUGGAGCUGCGCAUUGUGCAGAACUGUGGCACGGACAAAGAGAAGAACUAUGCCAAGCGCAUCGAGCCUGUGCGCCGCCAGGGCAACUACCUGCUCUGUUCCCUCCUGCUGGGCAAUGUCCUGGUCAACACCACACUCACCAUCCUGCUGGACGACAUCGCUGGCUCUGGGCUGGUGGCCGUGGUGGUCUCCACCAUCGGUAUCGUCAUCUUCGGCGAGAUCGUGCCGCAGGCCAUUUGUUCUCGGCACGGCCUGGCCGUGGGCGCCAACACCAUCUUCCUCACCAAGUUUUUCAUGAUGAUGACCUUCCCGGCCUCCUACCCCGUCAGCAAGUUGCUGGACUGUGUUCUGGGCCAGGAGAUCGGCACGGUCUACAACCGUGAGAAGUUGUUGGAGAUGCUACGAGUCACCGACCCUUAUAACGACCUAGUCAAGGAGGAGCUCAACAUUAUCCAAGGAGCCCUGGAGCUGCGCACCAAGACAGUGGAGGAUGUGAUGACUCCCCUCCGAGACUGCUUCAUGAUUGCUGCCGAGGCUGUGCUCGACUUCAACACUAUGUCUGAGAUCAUGGAAAGCGGUUAUACCCGCAUACCUGUUUUCGAGGGUGACCGCUCUAACAUUGUGGACCUGCUCUUCGUUAAGGACCUGGCUUUCGUGGACCCCGAUGACUGCAGUCCUCUCAAGACCAUCACCCGCUUCUACAACCAUCCGCUGCACUUUGUCUUCAAUGACACCAAGCUUGAUGCCAUGCUGGAGGAGUUCAAGAAAG